UGUGUGCGCUGUUGCAUGGUGUGCUUGCAACGGAACCUCCCUAACCUGACCUUCCGGAGUUUACAGAGAACGUUACAUAGAGUUAAUUGCUACUGAUAAAUUGUUCUCUCUGCUGAAUCCAGUUUAUUAAUAUUAUUGACAGCUACAGGCACAAAAUGUUUACAGAAAUUUUGUUAAAAUAUAUAAAUCCGAAGUGUAUCUACAGGAACUGUUUACAGAAUAAUUCACCAGCGUUAUUCACUUUUAUUAAUUGUACCAAUGAUAUUACACAAAUCAGAUGUAUCAAAAAGCAUUGGAACCCAAAAUUUAAAAAAGAAAGGGGAGCAAAAGUUAUUAAGAUGAAGCUUCCAUCAUUUGAGGAUAAGGAUGAGGAUUCUACUAAAUUGGACAAAGAACAAAUGCGAUCACAUAUGAAAGAAUAUGGAUUUGUUCCACAGAAACAUUGGUCGGAAAGACUAUCAUUUUUGAGUUGUACUCCUUUAAUUUUUGAAUCUUAUAUUGCACCUGAAGGAGAUGGGAAAUACUCCACUAUCACUAAGGAGGGAGCGAAACAAAAGUUUACAUUUUUGGAGAAGAAGAGCAAAUCUUUAUUGGCCAUUAGAAAAAUUAAAACGUUUGAUGAUGCAUUUAAGACAUCUGAUUUUGUCGAAGAAGCAAUUGAUAUUUACAAAAAUGCACAUAAUGCUUUAGCUGCUAAGGAUAAGGAAAAAUUGUUACAAUAUGUUACUGAAACUGCAUAUCCUAAAAUGAUACACAAUAUGAUGGACAAAACUAUACAUUGGAAAUUUCUAGAAUCAUUGGAACCUGCCCGUGUCGUGCAUGCAAGGAAUACAGAUGUAAUAACGAAAGAAAAUAUUUUUGCGCAAAUUACUGUUCGUUUUCACACGCAACAGAUUUUAGCAAUUUACGAUAGAUUCGGUCGUUUAAUGCAAGGAAGUGAAAUUCUGAAAAAAGACGUAUUAGAAUAUAUAGUAUUCGAAAAGCAUUUGUCUAACGAAUAUGGUAUUUGGCGAAUUCAUGGCAAGAUAAUACCAUCUUGGAUGACUCCAACGGAUAUAUCGGAGGGCACGUAUGUUUUACCGAAAGAGAAACAUGACCUUGUGCCUACUGAGCCACCUCCUGUGGAAGCUACAUUAGUUGAAAAUACACCAAAAGAUGCGACAACUACGCAGUCUUUAUAAAUGUAUAAUAUAGAUGCGUUAUCUUUUUUAAGUGAUGUUUAUAUUUUAUACUAUAUUAAAGCAGAAAGAAGUAUGUUAUGUAUUUAAUAUAACUGAAAUACAAGAUGUACUGACCUUUUUA